GUUUACAGUUGUGAAAAUCGACGAGGAGAACAGCGGCGAACUGCUCUCUGCCAGGAAGCUGCCAAUAGCCAAUGGAGGUGACAAGUGGCAACUGAAGUACCAAAAUGUUAAUAACGCGGCAAAUGUGCGAUUAGUUAGCUGGUCGUCGUAGUAAAACUUUAGCUUACAUUGCAAUAAAUUCGUGUUUUCGGAUGGGCUUGUUAGUGUUGUUGUCGCUAUUGUUUUUGCCUCUCUCGCCGCGUCCGCCCGCUUAAAUAAUGUGUAUACGGACACACUCACAACUGACAACAGUGUGAGUGGUAAAAUUGCCUUUUUGCCGAACAUCCGUUUGAAAUUUCGUCGAGUGUCCGCCGUGGCAGCCAAUAGUUAGUUGUUGCAAGGCCUCCGAGCUACACACGACACAUCAAAUCAACACACUACACAGCAUACAUACAUACAUACAUACGUACUACACAACAAAGGGCAACAACAGCGUCGCAUCCCCAAUAAGUGGCAGCAACUGCGACGAACAACAGCAGCAGCGUUUGUUGUUAAUUGAAAUAAAUUGAAAUAAAUUCCUCGACUUUGCUGCUCAUAUUGUUAAUAAAGAGCAGUACAAGCAGCAGCAACAGCCGCAGCCAGCAGCAACAAGCAGCGUAAACAAAACAGUGAGCAAAUGUGGGUCUAGUUCCGUGCCAGGCGACAAAAUAAAGCAUCCAGCACCAAACAUACAGCCGCAGAGGGCCAACACUCUACUUCUUUGUCAGGUGGGACAUGCGCAGUGACAGCUUUGGUAGUGGCAACAGUGGCUUGGCCAACAAACCGUGAGAGCGGAACCGAGUUAGCAGGACAAUUCGCUUGCAGAAGCCAUACCGCACGACAUGGCCUUCUCGCGGCACAACAUCGAGAAGCGCCGACUCAUCGAGCUAGUGCGCCUGAACCCCAUCCUAUGGGACUGCCGCCUGCCCCACUACAAGCGCUCUGAUAAAAAGAAGGCCAUCAAGUGGAAUGAACUGGGGCGACUUUUCAACGUAAACGGUGAGCGGGUACAGCGCACCUUCACAUCACUCAGGGAGAUCUUCCGUCGUGAGCUGAACCAUGAGAAGAUGCUGGGCACCACGCGCUUCAAGUCCAAAUGGGAGUACUACGACGCUAUGGGAUUCUUGAAGGAGGUCAUUCGGGAGCGCAAAUCUCGAGAGCGCAUCAAACCAGGAUCCGUAGAUACCGCUCCUGCCACAACGAGCAACAACAACAAUAAUUUGAGUCGCAAUAGCAGCAACAAUAACAGCAGUACCACGGCUCUAGAUGAGUAUCAGUACUUUGCACCCAGCGACCCCAACAACCCGAAUAACCAGCCACAGUCACAGGUCUCGGUCCAAAGUCUCAAGUCAACGUCCAAGAGCAACUCGACUGCAGUAAAUAUUCCAAAGCAGGGUCUGAGCCUCAGCCAGUUGCCCGCCGCUCUUCAGCAGCAGGCUCAACACCUUCAGGCGCUUCAGCUGCAGCCGGACGUGACGCUGACCUCAAUAAGCGCGCUCCAGAGCCAGCCUCCAGGUAGUCCGCAACGCAUGAUUACCCCUACGGCAACGUCUGUACAUCACACCUCGCCCGCCCAAGUAUUGUCCAGCUCGCGCUCAUGCAGCUCAUCGCCAUCCAUUUACAUCAAGGACGAGCCGGGCUCUCCUGUAGGUGGAGAAAAUGGGGAUGUUUCCGAAAACGUGCCAGAGGUGGCAAGGAAAAAGCUAGCCACUAUUCGGCCCCAGACCAAGCAACAGCUCAAGGCUCGCUUGCAAUUACCUCUCUCUAAGAACUCAACGGUGUUUGCAACGUCGCCGCCCCAUCUGAUCAUCAACGCCAACAACGAGUUGAUUGACGCUGACGCCGGAGAUCUGGACGAGGAUCUAGACGACUUCGAUGAAGAUGAAGAUGGGACCGGACGCUGUUCGCCUGCAGUGGACGUAGACAUGAUGGGUAUCGAUGGCCGGCUCUCGGCUGGAAGCAGCUACACUGGAGUAGGCGGGGUCGGAGAACGAGGGCUUGGGCGAAUCCAUUCGCACUCGCGUCAGGUGCCCGGUCCCAGAGAGUUGCUCUACAUAAAGUUUGGCGACUUCCUCUCAGCCCGACUGAACACCUUACAAGAGACUGUGGCCAACGACCUGAUGAACAAGAUUUUGCUGCUCAUCGCAGAGAAGUAAGGACUGAGGCAACCUCCGCAUUGAUUAAAUCUGCUGCGGAACUGCUCCCAGGCCAUAUAGGAAACCCAUCACUUGCGUGAAUCAAGUCUGUAUUAUGUGCCAUAUGAGACACCACCAUCCGCAUGAAAGUCUAUCACUAAAAUGUAUAAAAUAGUUUAAAU